AUGGCGGUCAAUUCGAUUUGCUGGAAGAUGCCUUCCAGGUUUCGUUUCUAUUCUGCAAAAUCGGAAAGGAAAGUUCGGGUCCAGCCAUAUUUAAUAGAGUUCAAUAGGUUGCUAGAAUCAAGCAUUACUGCAAUCGAAGGAGUAAGUGCGUUUGACUGUGUGAUUUCUCUCUUGAAAAUGAACUUAGUUCUCGUUACUAAGGACUCCAGCCAAUGUUUACAUGUCACUUACUUUUUUUUUUAGGUCUCUAAUCAAGAUCUGCUCCAUGCGGUUGUAGCAUUGUAUGAUACCUGCCUUCCAGAGAUUACACCUGAGGUUCUGUAUCCAACAGUCUGCGGAAAAUGGGCAAAAACAAUCGUUUUACUUAGAGACUUUCAAGGUUGUUUAUACAAAAUUAAAUAUUGUUGUUCUACCGCAAACUUCAUCUGAUUAGUAAUUUAUUUUUUUCGAAUUUUUUAGGGAUGUUUGGUUAAAUUUACAGCAUUACUCAGGGGAUAUUGAGGACGAUCUUUAAUAUCGGAUGGUUUUUUUGUAAGGACUUGACGGAAAAAUAUUCGUAGAAAGUCCCUUGAAAUCCUGUAAUAUAUUAUUUAACUGAAUUUAUUGAUCUUGAAACGAACCACUGUAAAUUAUUAUUUGAAAAUUUCUGGAUAAAAUUAUCCCUUUGAGAUCCUUAUACUAAAGCCUUAAUUCUCUUUAUUUCAAGCCUUAAAGUUUUUUUUUUGUUACAGAUAUUCUUUGCAAUGCAAACAAGGAAUUUUAUUCUUCUUGAUCAAAUUUAUGUUGGAAAAAGGAAACCACUGGUCUGACUCACAAUGACUGUGUUUCAUACAUUAAAAUUAAUUUAGUUUGAUUCUCUUGUUGUUCAAAAAUUAGAUCUCUUGCUUGAGAUGAAAGGCAUUACUCAAGAAAGUGACGAAGAUCCAGAGUUGACUGAAGAUAGUUUAAAACCAUUUAUUAGCAGUGAACUGUGGAGAGAUGUUUUUGAUGAACAGUCUACAGAAAUGAAAUCAGAAAAUUUACCUGCUGUUAAACAAGAAACUGGAAAUAACAACAAAAAAACAAAGAAACUGAGUAAACAAGUCUCUUGGAAUGAUGCACCAGAUGUAAAAAAUGAACCUACUGACUCUGCUGAUGAAAGUUCACAAGAGGAUGAUGAAAGUGCAGAAGAUUUAAAUGCUGUUUGUGAUGAGCGCUCCAUGGAGAGAAACAUUUGUAAAUGUGACAGUAAGGAGAAAAAGAAGUAUCAGUGUAACGAAACAGAGAAGAACGAUAAAGCAGAGGAGAGGAAAGAGAAUGAAACUAAGGAAAAGGAGAAGGAUGUUGAGCCAGGAAAGUUUGAUGGUGUGUUUAGCGACACAGAUGACAGUGAUGCAACUGCUGAAAGGUAGAUAUAGUGAAACUGUACAUUUUCUGAUGUGUCUCUUUUCAUCCUGGAAUGUGAAAAUUCAAAAUAAGGUAUCUGCGUUUGAGUCAGUGUUACUGUGAAGGAUCAGAAUGAAAAGAAAGCUGAAAAAAUUUAGGUACAUUUUAUCUCCCAUACUUUAGAUUAAGGAAAAAUGAAUAUUUAUUUUUGGGCACACAUUUAGCAGAGGGUAUUCUCCAUGUGAAUGUCACUAAGCACUGGAUAAUGUCCCUCUCUGAAUUGUGAGAGUUGCAAAGUGGAAUCAAUGUUACAUUAAUCAUUUACGUACUAAAAUUAGUACAUUUCAUAUCAUACUGAAAAGGAGAAUCUGUUUGAAGAUCAGGAGCUUCUUAAAUUGUUGAUCAUUUCCUAUAUUCUCAUGACCUUUGCAUUUGAUUAAAGGAUGAUACUGUGAGGAGAAAUCAGAAUUCAGUCAAUCUUAAAGGCUAAAAGGUAAAUUUUUUAUUUGACAGUGAAGAUGAAGAAGAAGACUUCUCAAAAGGAGCUGAGGAUUUUGUUGAGGCAGUUAAAAAAAGGAGAAUAGAGAGGCAAAAUAACAAUGGUGAUAACCAUUUUCUUUGAAUUCGUAUAUGAAAGUAACAUAGCAAAUAAUACUUGUUAAGUAUGAAACCAUUUAUGUAUGUAGGUAUAAUGAAAAUGAUUCUGAUUUAGUUUCAGAGUCCAAUCUAGGAAUAGAAUCUUUGAUCAUUGGAGCUGCCACCUUUGAACGUUCAUACAGGUAAGGGAUUUGAUCCAAACAUGUUUGAGUUGAGUUCCAAAAAGUUGAAAAAUUUUUUAAAAAAUAAUGAAAUUAUUAAAGACCCGUAACAUGCUUGUUGUUUGUUAGUACAAUGCGUCAUAAGCCAUCAGAGAAAGUUAUGCAACUGAACUUACUUGGAAUCAGGAAAAGGUGUCGCAAAUCAGGAAUUGGAAGGUUUCUCCUUGAAGUGAGUUCUCUAUAAUUUUGAUACCAGGAUAUUGUGGGUUAAUCCCUUAUUUCUCUGCACUGUUUGGUCCCUCCUGGAAGUGGAAGGAUUGAUCUGAUAAUUGUCAUGUGGCACAGCAGUUGCCCAUAUAAUUCUUGAUGUGGUUGUUCAUGAGAGUGGCAGUCUCAAUUUUAGUGACUGCAAUUACAAAUGUUAUAGUUACUGUGACGGUCCUACAGGAAGUAUGCUAUAAGGGGUGGUCUGAUCCUCUACAUGGACAAGGUCUUGGAGAGGAAUGUAGUUGGAACAAGUGACAUAUUUUCCAACAUAUUUCAUAUUUUUUUUCCUUGUCUAUUACAAUUCCAGAGUCUAAAAGAUCCUAUCAUCAUUGGUCCUUAUGACAGUAUUGCUGUGUAUGCAGACAAUGAUGCUGUUGAUUUCUUCAAGAAAAAUGGUUUCACUGAUGAUGUGGUUCUUUGUAGCAGAUUUACGUAAGAUACACGAUUCCUUUACUAAUUCUUAUAUAAGUUUGAUUAAUUUGCUUCAAAAUUGUUUCCAUUCAUCAUUGAUCUAGUUAUUUUUUCUAGUGAUUUGACAGAUAACUGGAUCAAUAGCACAUUGAUGUGUUACCUUCCCCCAUUCAUUGGUAAGUUGUUCAUUUUGAUGAUAAUACCAGUAAAUAUAUUAAGUUUUUGUUUCCCUGUGAUCAGGUGUUCCUUUUUUUAGAGUAUAAAAUGGCCACUUAUCAUGAGUAGAAGUGGAGGGGAAAAUUCUCUCUUUCUUCAGAGACUACUUGCCACCCAUGACUUAAUUGCACCUCUUUUACUUAAGAAUGAAAAAAGGGGAAAGUGACAAGUUCAUAAUUUCUUACCAGGUUCAGACUACUCUGGGGCCUUUAGAGGUGAAGGAGACCUAAAAGCUAUGGAUGAUGACAUAAAAAAUGGUUAAGUAUUGAGUAUUUUUCAUGAAAGGAUUAAGUCUUUCUCUUUUUCUUCUUUUCUCUUCAUGAUCCUUUCCAUGUGCUUGAUCCUCAUUCCCCCAUGCUCCCCUUGUGCUUGCCUCUGCUUGCUUAAAAAGAAAAAAAUGACACCUUUUCCAUACACUACGCCUGGCCAAUUGCUGCAGGUUUUUGCAACUUAACACUCUUGGAUUUUACUGAUUUACAGGAGAGAGAAAAGUCUUGAGGCUUACCAGGCUCAGGCCACUUGUGUAGUGAGGAUGCAACAUGAAAUAAAGACUCUCAGAGCUGUUGUAAGUUUGUUUUGUUUCUGGUUUGUUAAAGACAGAAAAAAAAGUCUGGUUGCAUUAUCUUCUGGUCUCACAUGAAUCCUCUAACUCCCAUGAGUGACCAAGACGGGAAAUCUCCUUACAAUAUCAAUACAAGAUCAAGCAGACAAGUGAUGAAAAUAAAGAAAAAUGUCAAUUAGGGGAUUGUUAAUUGAUCAAUCCAAUACCAAAUUCUCCCAACUAACAUCAUAAGAAUUCUAUGGUAGACAGUGAGGAAAAUUACUAUAAAUUGAGAUCUUGGGAGUGAAAGUGUUAAAGGCUUUUUAUACCAUGAGGGAACAAACACAAAAACAAGACAGACAUUGACUCUGGCAACAGAUAAUAGCUGCUGUGGUACUGGAUGGCCAAUAACAUUACUAGUGCAUAAAAGUAAAAUCACAGAUGAUGAGGAUAGAUUUGAAAUGUAUCCGAUACAUGUUAAAAUAGCUAAUGUGACAUGUGCAAUUUAAGGUUGACACACAAGAUGAGGCCAUCAAAACUCUAACAAGUGCUAAGGAAAGACUGGAAAAAGAGAAACACAAACUGGGUGAGUUUCUUGGAUAGAAGUCAGAUUACUGAUGUGUGAAGAAGCAGGGACUUUAGACAACUUAGCACAAAACUUCUUAUGUUUCUUGUGCAGAGAAAGAGCUACUUGCAUACAAGAUGAAGGACAAAGAUGGUAUUCUAGCCAACAAGGACUCUGACAGUGGUAAGAGAAAAAGUUUUGUUGGGAAUUAUUGAUGUACUACUAGCUAUUAAGGAAACAGCUAAUCAAAAGGCAGCGUCAGCUUGACCCUGCUUAGUCUUGAAGGUCCUUAAGUGUAAAGAGUUGUAAUAAUUCAUUCUGCAUUUCUUUAUUCUCUUUCAGUGUUCAUGUUCUCAUUAGGCAUUAGUCUCUUUUCCUUUAGCUUUUUCACUGAGAUAUUGUCUAAGAAUUUGAACAUUCUUUGUUCCUUCUUAUAGAUGAUGACGAUUUAUAUGAAGCACUUGCUCAAAUGCUCAGCAAAAAACACGUGACCGAUAAGGACUUAGACUGGGACCUGGAGGCCAUUUUCCAUGGAGACUUUCGAGAUGUGCCUCAAGGUUGUUUGACUUCCUUUUCAAAGCAUUCAUAUCCAUAAAAUAUUAUUGCUUUCCUACAGAAGUACUUUACAUCAAUGAACAUUCAAAGAAGCCUGUCAGUGAUUAAACUGCUCAAUCAUUUUAGCUAUUUAUUGAAAACCUCACUCGCGGUAUUGACCUAACGUGCAUUUGACCCCUCCCCCCUGGAAAAACGUCCUUGUAUAUUCUCCACUCAUCGACCCUUGUUUAAGAAAAAGUUGCUUACGCACUUGACUUGACGACGAACCAAGGACAAUAGUCUUAUUUCUUUCAAUCAAAAGUUACUGACAUACAGGAUGAUUAAAGAAGCGUUUUGGGAGGAAAGAUGCUGGAAAAGCAAAAAAGUAACCUGCACUUUCUGACCGAACAUAACUAACGCAACUUUUGGUAGAAGCACGAAAGGAAAGGAUGGUACUCUUAGGGAGUUUUCAAAACCAGCCUAAUAUUUAUAACUUACAAUUUUUAAGUUUAGAGGCAGCUCGCGAGAAUUCUGAAUACAGACAUACGUAGACCAUUAUUCUGUUUCAGGGCACUUACUACCGCAAAUCGCCUUUUAGUCUUUAGACAGCCAUUCAAACAAGUGCCUCAGAAAGGUUUGGUUUAACCCUGUAACUCCCAUGUGACCAAAACAGAAUUUCUCCUUACAAUAUCAAUACACUAUCAAACGGAUAAGUGAUAGGAGUAAAGAAAAAUAUCAAUUACGGGAUCAUCAGUUGAUCCAAUACCAAAUUCUCGGAACUAACAUCAUAAGAACUGUAUGGAAGUCAGUAAGGAGAAUCACUGAUGAGAUCUUGGAAAUGAAAGGGUUAAGAUGAGGAUAAGGUAAUUUUUACUGAUAAUGAUUCUUUCAAAUUUUUCAGAGGAUGAGGAGUUGGUUUCUUCAUUCAUCACAAGUCGCAGUGAAAAACAGCUUGUUCAGCAGAUAAAACGCAGCUUAAUGGCCACUAAGAACUAUAAAGAUGUUACAAUAAACAGCGUCAAAAAGGUGACUUGAAAGUUCAUCAACAAUCGAUAUAAACUGUUAUGUGCGAUAAAGACACUUUUCAACAACCGAGAACAUGCAUUUGAGACUUUCUGUUUGUAGGCUUGCGUAGGCUUCUCAAUGCCAUUAGAGCUAGUGAUGGAAGUAGAUGUUUAUAGUCUUUCUGUAGGUUUUUAAUCGGGGAUUUGUCGAGAUUUUUCCUAGGAGAGGUUCUUUACCAGUUCCCUCUGUGCAUUUCCCUGUCGCUGUGUUUUUGCAUAGUUAUGAGCAAAUUACCUUACGGGCAGUACUUUGUUAAAUUAUACAUACACAGGUACUACAUAGCUACUAUAAGGCUGGGACCUACUAGCGUGCUUAAGCUAUGUACUAUGCUAUCAUUCUCGCUGAACUUCUGUAGGUAGAGUCUUGCCACAUUGCUUUCAUGGAAACAGGUUUUGACGCAAGAACUCAAAGACUUGGUGACCCUGUGGUGUGCACACAGUUGUACUACUGUGGCGGCACAGACGAGAAACAAAUUGAAAGAAUAAUGAAGCAAGGUUUCAGUAAAGAAGGUAUGAUGUGGUCAAUUGUAUAUCUUUUGUGCAUUUUACAUACCCUAGAAGUAAUUACUUUAUUUGCUUGUUAACACAUCCUAGUGUUUUGUUUUAAGAUGUUAAAUCAGAUUUGUCCAUAUUUAACUUUUCAGAUUUCACUCGUGGUCCAUAUGGGAAAGGUCUUUAUUUUUCAAUGCAAGCCAGUCAAGCAGCAGCCUUUUCAUCGGUAAGGAAUUGUCCAUCGCGUAUUUUCAAAUAAAAUUCCCUUUUUUUCAAUUGAGCGUCGAAAGUAAUCCGGGAAUACUUUGCUUUCUUCUCUACUUCGCUCUGUGAUUGGUCCAGAAAACUUUUCUGGACCAAUCACAGAGCUUGCACCAGUCUCACAACUAGUCAGAUGCAACACUAAAACCAAUCAUGACUUGGUCGCCCGCGUUUUCAGAAAUACACUGAACUAUAUCAUACUACGACUGAAAUGAUAUUAGAGGUCUUAUCAGAUUAGUAAGCAACAGAUGCGUAGGCUUCCUAAACCCUGUAGCCAAACGGGAAAAGACGUCUUCAUAAACUUUUCCAACGAGCGUUUUUUUUUUUUAUCGUAGGUGCGCGCUCGACAGGUCCUUUAAUAUGACCUUUUGCGCAAACAAUAAUUGCCUCUCGCAGCCUACACUGUUACUGGGAACACCAAUGCGCGCGUAGCUAACUUUGGUGAACGGUGGAAAAUGUGCAAACGUUACGAUAAUUAAAACAUUUGUUGGAAUCUACAUUUGGUGAAAACAAGACACGAAAGUUAGUUUAAUGCAUGUCACUUGCUUUGGAAAGCAACCUCAAGUAUAACUGAUAUAUAUAUUUUAAAAACUUUCAGCCAGGAAAGCUGCUAUUGUGUAAUGUUGGACUUGGUUUGACUGAGUCUGUUGUGGUUCAUGAUCGUGGAAGGUAAAUAAAUCAACUUAAUUGCUUGGAAAAGGCGACUCAAUUUUGAACAGGUUAAUGAUUUAUAGAACAUUGACUAUUUGGUUAUCUUACUAAGUAGAAUGCUAAUAUAGUCAUACUACUCUGACAAAAAAAGAGCUCGAAAUUGAUAAAAGAAUUCUCCGUGUCAGCACUUUAGGAAAUGUAGAUAGAGCAGUAUGAAGAAUAUGCACGCUGGGGUUAGGAUGUAAAGGGGUUAAUCUCGUGUUUUUUAUGUUUAGAACGUUACCUCCUCCAGGAUUUGAUUCUAUUUUGGUGAGUUGUUGUGUUACUUAAAUUACAAUUGUUAUUUUUAGGUUCUUCAGGAGAAAUACUUUUUAGAACUUGGCUCUAAUACGUCAUUAUUUUAUCUCAAUAGACUGGUGGUCGUACAUCCUCGCCCGUCUUUCCAGGCCCCCCGCAGCAGGAGUAUAUUGUGUUCGAUCCUUUACAGGUAAAGUGUCUUUGCUUGACAAAAAUUCACUCGGGAAAAGUGACUUUAAUUUCUUAUCAAUUAGCUUGUUUUCUUGUCGCUUGGUUUGCUGAGUAUAAGCCAUUUGACAUUUGCGCACAGUUUGUUUACUUAUUUAUUCUUUUUUCAUUCUUGUUUUACUUACUACAUCCCCAGGCUAUUCCUGUCUAUCUCGUGGAGUAUUCAACCUCUCGAUGACUUCUCGUACUUAGCUAAAGUACGGCUUAUCAACUGGACUGCUUAUUCAAAGAAUGCAGAUCGUGUUUUGGAGCAAAAGUCUCCCCUGAAACUGGUGACGAACAGUGUGUCGGAGAGUCUCAGCAGUUCAGUGCCAUUUUUCUCAUGAUCUUUUGAAGCGCGGUUAUGUAAAAUUCUUGUUUUAGAUGAAAUAAAUCUAUCAACAUGUGUGAUAUGAAUUAAAACUAUAGGAG